AUGGACAGCGAAGACUAUAUUGACAUUGAAUGUGGUGCGAUAGCCCAAUAUCUGCGCAAGCGUCAGCUUGAAAGACUGUGGAGCGGCGCUACGCUUAAAGGAGGAGUCAUCUUGAAGCGGCGGAAGGAUGAAUUUCUGUGUCAGCCCUCGUCCUUGUUCGAUGAAAUGCCGGGAUUGCUGCAAGGAAUCACCCAUUUAAAUGCCAAGGUGGCGUUGACUGUCAGCACUUCCGUCGUCGAUAUCUUCCUUCGGAGCUACGAGUCCGACCACGUCCGCUUGCAAAACGGCCAUCAGGUUCAAGUCUUGCCGGACAUGAGAGGACUCUUGCGAUGCCGUACACACCGGUAUGCGGCAUUUAUCAAAGAUGUGAAGAUACUACUGGUUUGGGACAACGACCCAACCAACCUCAUCCAACGCACAGAAAAGCUGGAAGAUCAGCUGUUGAAGCACUUGUGGAACCUGCAUCUUUCCAACCAGCACGUCAAACCGUCGUUAUCAGGCUCACCAUCCGACGGGUCGACCCACCGACAUACUGCCGAAGACGUGGAUUCAGCAGAGGAGGGACCGGGCCAUGCUCCAAAACGAACUGUGGUCCUUGCCCAGGCAUACGUGACGGCGCUUACUGCGGCGUUAGGGAUCGUGGGGAUCAGUUUUGGCUGGCGUGAUCUCGUCAUGGAGAUCAGGCUCGAUCAGACCUAUUCCAGACUCACUUUAAUCCUCCUUGCUCCACUUGAGCUCUGGCUGGGGUGGUUCUUCUACCAGUCAGUUUUCACAAACCUUCUUCAGUUAUUCGGGCCAGUCUCUCAGUCCAAGGUAAACUCAAAGCGUUAUUCUUCCAUAGCGUCACCGCGGAGAGCUCGCCACCUUCCACAUGUGACUAUACAAUGUCCCGUGUACAAGGAAGGACUCUGGACCGUCCUCGACCCUACAAUUGCGUCCCUCAAACGGGCGGUCUCGACAUAUGAAAUGCAGGGCGGAACUGCGAACAUCUUCGUUAAUGAUGAUGGCUUGCAGCUAAUCUCCGAUGCGGAUGCGAAGCAGCGGAAACACUACUAUGAGGAGAACCACAUUGGGUGGGUGGCGAGGCCGAAACAUUGUCCCGCCGGAGAAGCUUCCAACAACAUCGAACCAUUCGUUCGAGCGGGGAAAUUCAAGAAGGCGUCCAAUAUGAACUACGCCUUGAGCCUCAGUGAUCGUGUUGAGGAACUCAUGAAUGAAAUUCACUGUGACCCAGGCCGGACGCAACAACCGGAGAAAGAUCUCUGCCAAGACUGCUUGUCCACUGUUCUUCAAGCCGACAAGGGCCGAAGUUGGGCUGGUGGUGAUAUCCGCAUUGGGGACUACAUUCUUCUUGUUGACGCGGACACGCGUGUACCAGAAGACUGUCUGCUCGACGCCGUAUGCGAGAUGGAGACUUCUCCCGAAGUAGCAAUCAUGCAAUUUUCCUCUGGGUCGAUCAAAACGACAGGGACCGCUUUUGAAAAAUGUUUUGCAUUCUUCAAUGACAUGAUAUAUACGUCAAUCAAGAAUGCCGUCGCCAAUGGCGACAUCGCGCCAUUCAUUGGUCAUAACGCCAUCAUCAGAUGGUCCGCUCUUCAAGCAGGCAAACUCACGACAGUUGACGGAAAGAGCACAUUCUGGGCGGAGAACUGCGUCUCUGAAGACUUCGAAAUGGCACUUCGCCUACAGUCGUUGGGAUAUAUUACUCGGUUCAGCACCAUCUUUGGGAUAUCCAGUGGAUUCGAGGAAGGUGUCUCCCUCACCGUGUACGAUGAAGUUGCACGCUGGGAGAAGUAUGCGUACGGAUGCUGCGAAUUGAUCUUCAACCCCAUGAAAGAUUGGCUCUUUCACGGACCCUUUACCAAGACCUUCCGGACCUUCAUCCGGAGCGACAUCAAUCUCACCCACAAGAUCACGACCGUGGGAUAUAUCGGCACUUACUUUGCUAUUGGAUUCUCGUGGGUGUUUGCACUCAUGAACUACCUUGUGCUUGGUUGGGUCGGCUCGUACGUCGACUGGUACUACAUCGAAGCCUUCAGGUGGUUUUUCGGCACCGCCAUCGUUUUUGGCUGCCUCGGAACAGUCAGUCUGGCUGUGCAUCGCUUCCGGGCAGAGAACCGAAACCUGCUCAUUGCCUUCCUCGAGAAUUUGAUGUGGCUACCGAUGAUCACUUGCUUCUUUGGCGGUAUUUCAGUCCAUGUCUCUCGCGCCCUUCUCUGCCACCUCCUCUCCAUCAAUAUGACGUGGGGCUCGACUGCAAAAGAGGCAGACGUAUUAUCGUUUGCCAGCGAACUGGCUCUGAUCCUGCGCAAGUUCAAGUGGUCUUUGACGUAUUGCGUUAUCAUGACCGCACUUAUGAUUAUCCUCGCGGGAAUCGGUCCUCUAGGCCAUCUGGUGCCCGAGAUGUUCAUUAUUACGGGUUUUGCACCCAUCUAUCCCCUUGCUAUGGUUGUUGGCUGCACCUUUGCGCUUCCAUUGGUCUUGAAUUCGAACUUGAUGCGGUUUUCUUUCUGA